AUGUUGCCAGAGUCGCACCCACUCCGCAGGAUGGUGGAUUUCCUCCGACGAUAUGAGGACUUCACCUUUUUGAAUUACGAUGUUUCAUCAUCGAGCAUGCGAGCGGCCAUCAAGUAUAGGCAAAGCUUGGCUGCCCUUCAGAACAACAUCGUAGAGACACCCUGCGUAACCUCGGCUACAUGGGAGCAGGCGGGUAGCUUAUUUGCAGCAUACCGUCUACUCGAUCUCGUAGCGUUGUGGCCAGCAGCCUUUGGACCAUCGUUGCCGGUGACCGUGCCCCUGAAUGAAAUACAGGCCAGCACAGGAACUAAGGAAAUAUUUUCACGGUUCAAGCUUGUAGAUGACUUGAAGGACUGGCCGGCAAUGCUCUGCUCUGCCAGGAAGCGCAUCCUCAGAGCCGACUCUAAGUCGCACAGAAACAUCAACACCCCUUCUAUCAGUGACACGCCGUCAUCCGCUUUCACCCAGGGCGGGCCCUCGGAAUCAACGCUAUUACUCUGUCUGGCGCGUAACCACUUCAAGGGUGUUGUGGGGAAAAUAAUCGGGAAUGUGUACUGCGCCUCGCUACACUACCAAAUCUUGUCAGGAAUGCGCGGUAUGAAGGACAAUGAACACAUUCUACCAGACAUUCCAACGGACACGGCUACUCUUGCAAAUCUCUAUGCAAGCGGCCAUCCUGAUGCUGCGUUGUUCCUCUCAGAGGUCACGCCAUCUCAUUUAAAAAUUCCUCUGCAUGUCGCCCUUUUCAUAUCCCCCAUCCUUCUUUUUGUGAAUAAAUCUUGGUAUUCUAAGAAAUGUGACCGGGAGCAGCUGCUUAAAGCCUCAAAAGCGCUCGGUAAUUGUCGCCCCCGUGUUCUGCGUGAAGUGGAGAUGGAAAUUUGGAAAAUCAUUGCAGCGCAAAAUUGCGACAUCCAGUCAGCCUUAUAUAAACUUGUUAUCUCAGACUGCUGGAUGGAAUGCGAGCGGGUAAUUGCACAAGAUCCCGCGUUUCACUUUUUCAUAUCGUCAACGAGCAGCGCCAAGGUUACAGCAAAUUCUAACCUAGCAAGGCACAGCACUGAACCACACGCUCAACUUCAGACCGUUUCCCAUCAUGGUGAAAAAACCACCUGUGAAGGGUCCGACGCAGACGCGGAGGGUGACGAUGAUCACGAAGUGGACACGACGGAAAUGGUCAGCAUGGGUCAACGGGAGAACGGGGACAAUACGGUCCCUACCUCAAAUAUACAGCCUCCGGAAGACACGUCUUCAGUGGCUGGCAAGGAUGUCAGCAUGGGUCAACAGGAGAACGGGGACAAUACGGUCCCUACCUCAGAUAUACAGCCUCCGGAAGACACAUCUUCGGUGGCUGGCAAGGAUGUGCCCACGGACAAGCAACCUGGUUUGCCGCGGAGUGAUGAUAUUGGAUCUGGUCUACUUCAGACUGAGAAUACUGGGCCCUCAACUGCAGGGGAUUGUGAGAUGAACGUCGAUCCGGAGCAAGCUGAUGUCGACCAUCAAAUGGAGGAUGGUCCACAUACCAAUGGUCCAGAAAAUUUGGGAGACGGCGGGGCUGGACAAGGAGCUGAAGGGUCUUCUGACGAGGCAAAUCAUAUGUCGGAAGUUCACGAGGGCGAAAAGCAGGGGCAAGACGGAGAACGACCCGACGAGGAGAACCGAAUGUCAGAAGAUGGUGAGGAGGAAAGGCCAGACGACAGUUCGUCGGACAAUGAGACCGAGAAGCAGGGGCAAGGGGAUGUUCCACCAGUCCAGGAGGACAGAAUGUCGGUCGAUGGAGAGGGGGUAGGCCCAGAGCAAAACAAUGAUUCCUCAGACAUGGAGAGGAAUACAUUGGAAGACAGCCAAGGCGAAAAGGAGGGGGAGAACGCACCUCCUGCUCCUCUUAUUUUGAGGAUUCCUCCUGUUUCCCAGAUAAACAGGAGCAAAAACACCACGGCUGACUCCUCUCAGAAAGGGAAAGGGAAGGGCCGGCAGGGCCUUUCCAAGCGGCCUCCCAAACGCAAGCCGACGCAGGCUACCGACACAUUUGAUUCGGACGACGACCUGUGUAUUGAUGUCGAUCUGUACGACAGCAACACCACCCUUGAUGUCGUCAGCACUCCGGAGAAGGUGUAUGGCACCAAAGUUUGGUCCAUCUACAACGGUCGUGGCCAACUUAAAAGUUUCUGCGUUGUUGCCCAUAGUCAAGCCGACGUGGAUCGUGUUGAAAGGGUUCUGGAAUUGGUCGAGAGUGACUACGUCGAUGGAGUUCCAUUGCACAUAGCACGUCCCGAAGAAUCAUGUUUUGCGGUAUUCGACCGCAGCACCACGAAAUCCAUGUAUCUGAUGGAGUCUUUCUCUGAAAGGAACGUCGUCCUUAUGUCUCCUUCUCAAGAGGAGUCUAUUUCAACUUGCUCCGACGAGUUCUACAGCCAGGUACGUCGCCAUAUGGGUGAUAUGACGAGCACCAGGUCAAUCCAAGAUAUGUCGACCAUGUCGUCUAACCCCAUCGAGAGGAUUAAGCGUGGGUCCCUCUCUCAGGUCAUGGAAGCAGCGAGGAUGAAAGGCAAAAGAGGAAAGAUCCUCAAUGCCCUCGACAUCCCUUUACCUCAUGCAGGCGCUCACUCUUUUGACUUGAGUACUGAGGCGGCUGCUCUUCGGGCUACAUCUGGUAGCUGGAAGUAUAGUACCCCCGUCCCAUUUGGUGAUAUGUCGUGGGGACUCGUAGCUACAGAGGGGGCAUUUUCAGAUAUCCAUAUCGAUGCCAAUGGUUUCUGUUCCUUCAUCCAACCUCUUCAUGGACUAAAGCUGUGGAUUAUCAUGUAUCCCAGACGGUUGGAUGUUGACCUUUCUUCUGACCGCCGUGUAUUUCUGGGAGACAAGCUGGAUUACGGGGAAACGCACCACCAAGACUGGAUUUACGAGGCGAUUGUUCUCGAUAACCAGUCAGAACUCUUCAUGAGACCGAAUACUCUACAUAUGGCGUAUUCUAUCUCCUCAGUGGUUUGCCGUGGCGGACAUUUUUACUCCUCCACUUCCUUCGAAGAAACCCUGACAGGAAUCAUUCACUGUUUUACCGCUGGAUACAGGGCAACGAAUACGAAUCAUUCAACGUCCCGAUUUUUCCUGCAGCAAACUAUACAUUGGUUCUACAAGGUUUUGGUUGAAGGUGACAGCGACCCAGAAGAUUUUUAUGAAAUGUACCAUGUCCCAUUCUACAGUACGCAGUCCGGAUACUCGAGCUUGAUAGCUCUGUGCGUGUGCAUGAUCUUGGCAAAUGCGCUCGACUACGAGACCUAUCGAAAUCCCGAUCAGAUGUUCUCCACCAAGACUUCGGCACAGUUAGACGCAUGGAUGCGGUGGGAUACCAACAGCCUGAGCGACGAAGAGCGCAAGGCGUGCAUCUUUGCCCGUGGCGAAGCCUUGGCUAUUCUAGAGUGGCUAUGUCAUCGCACGAAGUCCAUCCACUACAUGAUUGAGACGGACAAAAACAAGGAUGCACAAAAUAUCAUGGCGACAGAAAAGUUCCAUGAAAUGAUACUUUGCCGCUAUGCCCGUAUGAUUCUAGCCUACGACGCAGAAGCCAAACAUAACAACAUUGGUGGUGCCCCUUGCUGUACCGACACCAGUUUGCUUUUUGUCCAGCUUCAGGGCGUCUGCAGCGGAGAAUUGAACAAGGUUAUAUGUCGCAGUAUCGACCAGCUUCCUCGUUCCUCGGUCCCAAAGAUGCUCAAGUUACCCGUAAUCACUCUCAUUGACUGUGAUGCCUGUGCGGAUUCCUCAACGCAAUUGAGAACUCCCAAGGAGAUUCUGGAACUUGGUACGAGUGUGAGGGAUAAACUGUAUCUGGAUGGCAUGAAAGUCAAGCUGGAGAGCACAAAUCCGAUUGUGUGCUGCUCGUAUCGCCAGACCAAUACGCAAAUUCUCGCUGGGAUGAAAGCUUCUGGCUUUACUGUAACUGCUUCCAAUCGUUCAAGCUCUACAUCUAGAUCAGCAACCCCCGUAUCUCGAGACCCUUCUCCCGAAAUUGGUAAUUUUAUGGAAGUGGACUAUAUCGACAAUUUUCUUGGCGCGUCAUCAGAGAUGGAAGAUGACCCACCCCCCAAGGCAUCAAAAUACAGCUAUCCGUACGUGAAGGAGGAUUAUAACGGGGCUGGAAGAGCAUUUGGAACAGGCCUUACAUUCAUGGAUCAGCUCAAACAGGAUCAAUUCGAACCCCAGCGGGCGGAAAAUUUGUACUAUCCUUUUGCCUCGAAAGAUGAAUGGGAGCUCUCCCUGUUCCUACUUCGCUCUGACAUGAGCGUAGGAAUGCUGAAUGAUUUUUUGAAACUUGAACUGAUAAAAAAACUCAACUUGUCCUACAAGUCGGCAAAAGAUCUACGCAACCGGGCAGAGAUCCUUCCCUCUGGUCCGCAGUGGAAGAGUCAAACGAUCAUACCAGAAAUACCAAGCAAAAAUCAGCUAACGCUUUUUUACCGCGAUGGAUUGGAAUGUAUCAAGGCGCUUCUCAUCAGUCCCUUGCUCCAAGAUAGCAUGCACUUUAGCCCAUUCAAGCUCUUCGACAAGUGCAACGAGAUGAUGCGGGUAUACACUGAGUGGUUUAGCGGUGACAUUGCGCAUUUUAUGCAGUAUAACAAGGUUCCCAAGGACCAGCUCCCAAAAGGAGCAACACUUGUACCUCCUAUUAUUUCCACGGAUAAAACCAACAUUUCCAACAUGACCGGAGGCCGUGUCGCCUACCCUGGCCUUAUCAGCAUUGCCAACAUAAUGAUGAACUUUCUUCAUCGCUCCAAAGCUGUGAAUGGGAUGAUGGCAGCACGGCUAUAUCACCAGUGCAUGGACAUUGCUCUAGAAUUGGUCAAACAAACUGCGAGGGUGGGAACCACCAUAGCAGAUGCAUUGGGGAAUAAUCGUUUCUGCUUUACACCGCUUGCUGCCCUUAUCGUUGAUACUCCAGAAUCUGCUCUGGCGGCUUGCGUCGCAGGAUCCACAUCCUCUGUGACGUUGGCACAAUACGAGACGUUUGGGGAUUCCUUUCGCCACCCUUCCCGAACUGCAGAUCAUACAAUCAACACCAUCAUGGCCAUCAACAAUGUUAAGCCCCCUAAUCAUCUCGAACCAUAUCUAAAAGAAAGCAAAAAGCACCGUCUCAAUGGGGUUCACCUACCGUUUUGGAGAGAUUGGCCCUUGUCUGAUCCUUCUGCAUUCCUUACGCCUGAACCCCUUCAUCACUGGCACAAGAUGUUCUGGGAUCAUGAUGCAAAAUGGUGCAUUGCUGCAGUCGGAGGUUCCGAAUUGGAUUUUCGAUUUUCGAUUUUACAGCACCGCACUGGUUUCCGACACUUCAAGGAAGGGAUUUCUUCCUUGAAACAAGUGACCGGUAGGGAACAUCGGGACGUUCAGCGAUACAUUGUUGCUCUCAUUGCAGACACAGUCAGUACACCCUUUAUCUUAGCCAUCCGGUCUCUGAUGGACUUUCGGUAUCUCGCACAAUCUCAAACAAUCUCCGAGGCAAUGUGUCUCAGAAUUGAGCAGGCACUGCAAGAUUUCCAUGCCAAUAAACAAGCCAUCCUUGACGCGGGAGCACGUCGAGGUAAAAAAAACAACCCAAUCGAUAAUUUCUAUAUUCCAAAACUCGAGUUUUUGCAAAGUGUAGUACACGCAAUUAGACUAAAUGGAUGUGCAAUCCAAUGGUCUGCAGACACGACAGAGCAUGCACAUAUCGAGGUGGUCAAAGCCCCUUCCAGUUCCAGCAAUAAUCAAAGAUACGAGCCUCAAGUUUGUCGAUACCUUGAUCGUCGUGACAAAUUGCGCAAUUUCGAUUUGUUUACAGCUAUACGAGAAAUGAGGAUCGAUUUUCGGGCUAUACACUCUGCAACAAUUACGGAUGAGGAGGAGCAGGAGGAGGGGGAUGAGGGGGAGGAAAACGGCGAGGUUGUGAUGGACACAACGUCAGAACUUCUUUCAACAAUCAUGCCGAUGACAACCUUUCAAUCAGCAAAGUCCAAUCGCAUUGUGGAUUACUUCUACAAAGCUAGUCUCUAUGAGCGUGGCGUAUUGGAAGGCCCAGUCCCCUACAGAACAUUUUCUUGCAGCAAAAACGUUGUUGCCCAUUUAUCUAGGGAUGCUAGUUCCAAAAGAUUGCAUAUCGACGAGGUUGCGAGCAUUUUUAAAAUUCCCGACCUACGACCAGCAAUUGCCGAUUAUGUGUCACUCAUCAAUAAGGAAUCAAAUCCGAGACACACCAAUUCUCGAGGUUAUCACAUCAAGGGGAUAACUGGCAGGCGUGUUUCUCCUCCCGGUUGUCCGUUGCCGUAUUCAAAACUUGAGGUAUGGCAUAAGGUCCGUAUACAGUCGACUGCGUACCAAUACCCUCAUGAGAUCCUGGAGGCAGUCACACUUAAUGCAUAUCCGCCAUCUAACAAACAUCCUUUUGGAUACUUCGAUUCAGCAAUCAUAAACACACCCAGUACUGUGUCUCCCGAUAUUACUGGAAGAUUUCUCGCAUACGUCCAACGUUUUGAGGUUUUAAAUCAGCCACAGUCUCUAGGUUCUGCGAUCCGUGGACCUUACCCAGAGCCAAUAACCGGCAUGUAUAAAUUAAAACGAAGUCAACGUACAGAUAACACCAUUAUGGGUGGAAUUUUACCAUUGAAUCAAAUACGCUCCCUGGUUGAUCUGGUCCCUCAGAUGGGCGAAAAGGCAAGGCGAAGCCUUACUACACAUAACAAUCAAGCUGUCAGCACCUUGUCCGAGAUCUGGCACCCUCAGGAUAUUCCUUCCGUGUUCCUACCCCCCGCCAAAGUAGGGGGUAGCUCUUUUCCUCCUACUCAUUCCCGUCCAACUUCCAAGCAGAUCUCUUCCGAUUUGCAAUCCAUAGCGUCUCAUACACAUCCAAUACAUCCACACAACAGUCAUCCCUCCGUAUCCGGCCAUAACCCUUCCCCGACCCUCUUGCUUGCCUCGGGCACCAAAUCCGAUCAGAUAUUACCCCUCAAGUCUUUUGUUUAUAAAGUCCUUCGCCACUCAAGGACAUCUAAAAACGUACUGCAGAUAGCACUAUGUUAUCUAGAAUCCAUUCGUCCCAAGGUCCCACAGAUUUUGCAAGAGGAAAACAUCGGCAUUCGCUCUUAUGCUCAGCCCAAAAGCAGUAUUCAGAAAGCUACCCCAGAAGAGCUGGCGAUGGAUGCUGAGCUUACUGCUCUUGAGAACUCCGGCAAGAUCAACAUCAUCAAUAAUUUCAUUGACAAUUCUAUGCAAACAUUCCGUGUUGCCGAUUCUGGUUCACAAGAUCUGGCUGAAUCGUGCAUCUAUCCACAAGACUCUCUGUCCAGCGUAGAUGUGCAGGUCUCAACGGCUCCUCUUUCCACCACCCUUUCUUUGCCAUCUCCCCUCCUGUGUCCCCGUAGAGCCUUUCUGGCAUCCCUCAUCCUGGCCUCCAAAUUUUCACAAGAAAAGUGUUAUUCUAACCGUGCUUGGGCAAGGUUAUCUGGUCUCCCACCUCGUGAAAUUGGUCGCUGCGAACGUGCCCUCGCACAAGCCUUGCAAUGCUUGAAUUCCAACUACGACAAAGUGAGCGUAUCACACACCAUGCAAAUCAUCAGCUAUGAGGAAAUUUUACGAAUCGAAGCAGAAGUAUUGGCCCCUACUUUCCCAGAUCUAAUACAUCCUACAACUUUCCCAGAGGCCGCCUCACUUGCUUCUCAAAGACAGCAAUACGACUUGGAAAUGGCUCAGUUAGUUGAGCAGACCCAAAAAAUGGUCCUUUUGACCGAGAACAGGCUGAUACUGGCCAUCCUGGCCCUUUUCAACGAAAUUAACUGGACCACCCUGGACCCAAGGUUACUAUCGUUGGCUAAAGCCAAGAUUACCGAGGGUGACCAGUGGCUCAAAGCACGAGCCGAGGAGACACUUCGGGAUGCAGACUCAGGCAGCCCCGAGCACAUAUUGACCCAAGGGAUGUCCAUUAUAGCCAACGGCCAGAUUCAUAUUCGAACGGUAGAGGAUCUCAUACGAGAAUGUCAGGAUCAUUAA